UCAUGAACGGCCUCUUGUUUUGCAACCCUACCGCCGCCCCGACUUUGGUAGAUUUGCAUUUCCUUAUAUUUCUUGUUGCUAACCCUAACCGCUUCUCGCAACCUCAUAAACAAUUCUCCCUACAGAGGCCCGAUAUCUUCUCCCACACCUUCCCGCCGCGGGAAAUAGCGCAGAUUUAAAACGGCGAGAAAUUUAUCAGAAGGGAAUCAGUACAAUCUUUUCAAAUUUACUCAGGUGGCGUUUUGCACCCCUUACAUCACUCUUCUCUUUUUUUUUUUUUUUUUUAAUCCUUUGUUAGCUCCCCAAACCCUCUACCAAAUCCAGUUCAAAAGCUUCGAUUUUGCAAAGCAUAACAAGAUAAAAAACUCGUCUUUUGUACUGCAAAAAGAUGUCAGCUAAAUGGCGAGCAUUACAGCACAGACACCGUUACACCUACAAUUCAGUGCUAUUCCCUAAAUCCUACAUUGAAACCCUCAAUCGCCUCCACCCAGAAACCUUUUACUCCUCCGAUUUCUUCCCUAAAUUGAAGGAAUUCAUCUCCUUGAACUCCACAUACUCACAAAUCUCUGCUGUGAAGGACCUAUCUUCAUCUUUCUCCCAAUUACUGAACUCUCCAUGCAUUCAGGAAGGCGUGGUCUCCAUAGCCAUCGGACUUUACUUGGAAAUACUCUUUCUUGAAAAUUCCCUCCCUCUCCACCGAACCGUCAUCUCCCCUCUUGCCAAGAAUAAGAAGUUUCUUCCAGCGAUCUGUAGCUGCUUUGUUGCUCUUUGCAAGGAGUAUCAGGAUACAGGUAAAGAUGGAAUGAGAAGAUUUUUAGUUUCGCGAGCAGCUUUAUCUUUGAUGGGCUACCCCAAAUUGGGAUUUUUAAAUGAGACAGUGGAGAAAUGUUCGACCUUGGUAGCAAGUGAUAUUGCUUCAGGUUUGGCCAGUGUGAUUUUCGAUGUUGGCCGUGGAUCUAGACCAUCCCCCAUGGUGAUGGAGCAAUGCCAAGAUGCCAUGUCUUGCUUGUACUACUUGCUUGAAAAGUUCCCGCACAUCUUAUCAGUCCUAGAAAAUGGUUUCUGCACAUUUGAUCAUAUUAUUGGUAUCAUAUUGAAUGUUUUGAAGUCAUCGGCCUUCUCAAGGGAUUGCUUGGUGGCUGCUGGUGUGAGCUUUUGCGCUGCAAUUCAGGCUCGUGUAAGAGCUGAGGAGGUCUCAUGUUUUCUGUCAAAAGCAGUCUUUGAUUUUUCUGUUGGAGAUAGUGAUAUCAUGGAGUUAGCUGGGAACUUGUGUUUAGAAAUAAGGGGCUUCUCAAUUUUAAGCAGGCUUUGCUUGCUGAGAGGCAUAUUGACUGCUGUUUCUAGGGCCGCGCUCAAUAUAUGCUUCAAAUCAGACAAUGGCUGUGUGUGGACUCUACUUUAUAAUGCAAUUUUGCCAGAACUUUGCCAAUAUUGUGAGAAACCAAUUGACAGACAUUUCAAUUUUCACGCUUUGACGGUCCUGCAAAUUUGCUUGCAGCAGAUGAAAACAUCAAUAUCAGUAGGUCUAACUGAUGUAUCAGGAGAUUAUGUUCCUCUUUCUGAAGAGAUGAUGAGCCGCUUGCUUAGGAUUAUAUGGAAUAAUCUUGAAGACCCUCUCAGUCAAACGGUAAAGCAGGUGCAUCUCAUCUUUGAUCUUCUUUUGGAUAUCAAAUCAUAUCUUUCAUCAGAAGAUAGCAAAGAGAAUUAUAAAGCUUUGUUGCACAAUAUUGCUUUAGAGCUUCUAAGGUUGGGAGCUCAUUGUAAAGGCAAGUAUGUGCCUUUAGCUUCACUCGGAAAACGUUUGGGUUCAAAGUCUCUUCUAGAACUAAAUCCAAACCUUCUUUUGGAAACGCUUUAUGGCUAUAUAGAUGAUGAUGUUUGUUGCGCGGCCACAUCAUUUCUAAAAUGUUUUCUCGAACGUUUGCGUGAUGAGUGUUGGAGCCAUGAUGGUAUUGAAGAAGGAUAUGAAACUUUUAGAAAAUUAUGUCUUCCAACCUUAUUGCAUGGACUUAUGUCUGGAAAUCCAAAACUUAGAACGAACUUGAACACCUAUGCGCUCCCCACCUUACUUGAGGUUGAUUCAGAUAGCAUAUUUCCAAUGCUUUCUUUCGUAUCUGUUGGGCCUUGCUUGGAGGGAGACUUCAAUGUGGAUCUGAAGCUUGAUUCAUGUGUGGCUGCUCUUGUUUCCUUGUUUAAGGUGUCUCGCACACUUGCUCUCAUUGAGGGAGACAUUGUUCUGGACUGCGAUUCAUCGAGCGAGCCAUGCAGUACCAAUGGUGUUGCUGUUGUUUGUUUAAAAGGGAUUAAUGUUAGAGUGCCUGUUGACUGGUUAAUUCUUGCUUUGACUCAUGCUGAUGAAAGUUUACGGGUUGAUGCAGCUGAGUCUCUGUUUUUGAAUCCCAAGUCAGCCAGUCUCCCAUCAUCGUUAGAGCUCAUGUUGAUGAGAAAGGCCGUUCCUUUGAACAUGCGGUGCUCUUCGACAGCUUUUCAGAUGAAAUGGGCAAGCCUGUUCAGAAAGUUCUUUACUCGGGUUCGAUUAGCUUUAGAGAGGCAGGUGAAACAAGGUCUAUAUGAGAGGAAAACAAUGGCCAUGGAGCUUUUCCAGUUCAUGAAGUGGUUGAGUUCCUUUCUCUUUUAUUCAUGUUACCCUUCUGCUCCAUAUGAGAGGAAAACAAUGGCCAUGGAACUAAUCCUGGUAAUGAUGGAUGUUUGGCCUCUGAAGAUGUUGCAAGACAAUCAUACUCUCUGUCCUUACAACGACGGAUUUACUUCUGCAGAUUCAACUCUGUUGUUAGUUGGAUCUAUAAUUGAUAGUUGGGAUAAGUUGAGACAAAAUUCAUUUCACAUUCUUCUACAUUUUCCCACUCCUCUCCCUGGUAUUUCUUCGCAUUACAUGGUGAGCAUGGUGAUUCAUUGGGCGAAAAGGCUGGUCUGCAGUCCACGUGUUAGGGAGAGCGAUGCUGGCGCUCUAACCUUUAGACUAAUUUUUAGGAAAUAUGUCAUGGAACUUGGUUGGGGCAUUGGAAGUUCUUUAAGGAGCAGUCAACUUGAUUCCCAUUCAGAUAUUAUGAGGUGUGAGGCUCCACUUGUGGCAUACAUAUCGGCGCUCAUCGAAUGGCUUCACAUCUCUGUUGAAGAGGGUGAAAGGGAUCUCGCCAAAGCAUGCCGAAACAGUUUUGUUCAUGGGGUGUUGCUUACUUUGCGGUACACGUUUGAGGAGUUUGAUUGGCGUUCGGAGGAGGUGAUGUCGAGUAUGAUGGAGAUUCGAUGUUUGCUUCAGAAUCUGUUGGAAUUGAUUAUGAGGGUGACAUCGUUGGCUCUGUGGGUAGUUUCUGCAGACGCGUGGUAUAUGCCGUAUGACAUGGAUGAUGUUGUUGAUGAAGCUAAUUCCUCAUUAGGGAUGGAUUCAGUGGAGUCCUCUUUAGAACAAGUUAAGAAAUUUGAUGAUAAUGAAAAACCAGCAGAACAUGCUGUGAUGGUUGGCUGUUGGCUUGCAAUGAAAGAGGUGAGUCUUCUUUUAGGAACUAUUAUUAGGAAAGUUCCAUUGCCAAGCUCCUCCAUAUCUGAAUCAUCUAAGCAUGAUUAUCCAGUUAGAAAUGGUGAUGAAACAGAAACGAUUGUAACCGAAGAUGGGUUGCUCGAUCUGCAACAACUCGAAUCUAUAGGAAGCCAUUUCUUGCAAGUUCUGUUGAAGAUGAAACACAAUGGUGCGAUUGAUAAGACCAGGGCUGGUUUCACUGCCCUUUGUAAUCGUCUUCUAUGCUCAAAUGAUCCUAGGCUCUGCAAAAUGACAGAAUCUUGGAUGAAGCAGCUGAUGGAGAGAACAAUUGCUAAAGGCCAAAGUCCUGCUGCCUUCAUUGCAUUUUUCCUGUCAGAACCAGAGGGAACGCCAAAGAUUUUACUCCCAAGGGCAUUAAACUGGCUGAUUAAUGUUGCCAAAAAGCCAUUGUGCGAAGAUUGCGAAGUUCAUGACCAGAAUGAUGAGGUAUCAGACAAGACUUUUAUAAAAGAUCGGAACGAAGCAAAUGGAGGUUCCUCUAAGAUGAGAGAUGAGGGUGUGAUACCAACUGUUCACGCAUUCAAUGUGCUCAGAGCCUCUUUCAAUGACACGAAUUUAGCAUCAGACACGUCCGGUUUCUGUGCCGAGGCAUUGAUUGUUGCGAUAAGUUCUUUCUCGUCGCCUUACUGGGAGAUCCGAAACAGUGCUUGUCUUGCAUACACUUCAUUGGUUCGUCGAAUGAUUGGAUUUCUUAAUGUACAUAAACAGGAAUCUGCCAGAAGGGCUUUAACUGGCCUUGAAUUUUUUCACAGGUACCCAGCUGUUCAUCCAUUCCUGUGCCGCGAACUGGAGAUCGCCACUAAACAGCAUGGUGAUGAACAUUCCAUGGAUGCAGAUUUGAGCAUUACUAAAGCUGUUCAUCCAAGCUUGUGCCCAAUUCUCAUUCUUCUAUCCAGGCUAAAUCCAUCACUUAUAAGCACUGAAGCUGAUGAUCAUUUAGAUCCCUUCAUGUUAACACCUUUCAUACAGAGAUGCGGAACCCAAAGCAACCUUCGUGUUCGUGUUCUCGCGGCAAGGGCUUUGAUUGGUUUAGUUUCCAAUGAGAAACUGCAGGCUGUAGUCAUCGAGAUGAUCAAUAGUUUACCCCAUGAAAGGCAUCUGAUGACUAGAACCCGCUUUUCUUUUAACUCAAUCCAUGGAGUUCUCUUGCAGCUGUCUUCUCUUCUUGAUAACAAUUGCAGGAAUUUGUCUGAUACUAUGAAGAAAGAUGAUAUUCUUGGCGAAACCAUUCGUGCCCUUAAGCUGCGUACGUGGAUCGGUUGUGUCUGGUCAUGCCCUUGUCCUAUGUUGAAUAGCACAUAUCUACUAGUUUUGGAUCAGAUGAGUAGCAUUGCGUUUUCCUACUCAAGCAAGCAUACAAUUACCAUUAAAAGCCUGUUGGUGAAUCUAGCACUUGCAUGCAUCAGUGAGAAAAAUAUUUCUGGUUCUGCUUUAUCUGACCCAACAAUGGUUGAGCUCCGCAAGCAAGCAGCUGCAUCUUAUUUUAAUUGCCUAUUUCAUCCUAAAAAUGAAGCUCCAGACCAAUCUUCUGAGCUGCUGAGUCAUAACAAGCCUACCUUUAAUCUGAGUAAGCUAUCACCAAAUCUUCACGAGAGCAUUGUUUCUUGCAUCUCUGAUUCUAUGUAUGAAGUUCGAAUCAUAACGCUUAAAAAGCUGCUUCAGCUUACGAAUUGUAUGAAUUCUGGCGGCGAAGAUGAUGAGAAAUCUUCCAUUUAUGUCUGGGUGAAGACAGAUUUGCCAUCCGUUCUAAUGAGGUUAUUGUCAGAGGAAGAGAACCCAAAAUGUGCUUACUACAUGUUAAAGAUCAUCUUCUCUUGUAGCACCAUUCACUCCAAUGACGAAUUUAUAGAUUGGAACACAGCAUUCUGUUUCUGGGAGAAAUUGGUUCAUCUGAAGGAUACAGUAAGGCGUGCGAAGACUAGAGAAAUUUUACUUUGUUGCAUGGCUAUAUGUACAAAGAUGCUUGCCAAAAUGCUCAGGAACUUUGCAUUGGGUGACCGGUCCCAGAAACAAAGAGAUAUUACCAGAGCCUUUAAGUGUAUUAAUUCUUUUAUUAUACUAACUAAACAGCAUAGUACACCAUCUGAACCUGUUAACAUGAGAAGAGCUGCAGCAGAAGCCAUAGUGGCAUCAGGUUUGCUUGGAGAAGCUAUUUUUGUUGCUUCGCAUGUGUCGAACAACAGUACCCUAUCUGAAGCAGCCAUUGCCAUCGAAGAGGAAGAAGAGCUUCAAGCUAAUACGACAGAGUUUGUGAAUCUCUAUGCUAGCAGAAUUCUGGAUUUGUGGUUCAUAUCCAUUCAGCUCUUAGAAGAUGAGGAUCUUUUGCUCAGGCAGAACCUUGCCAAGAAUGUUCAGAAAUACAUAGAUUUCAGGGUCUCCGAGGUCGCAAGGCAAGUUGAUAAAGUGAUUGAAUUAAGCCUUGGAUUCUUAUCUAAAAUCUUUGGCCACUGGCUCGAGUACAUACAAUAUUUAAUGAGGUAUGUUUCAAUGACUGCCGGUUUGGUGAGUUUUCGAGGCGAUCUGGUUCGGAAGAUUUUUGAAAAAGAGAUUGAUAACCACCACGAAGAAAAGCUUUUGAUAUGCCAAAUCUGUUGUUUUCAUUUGGAAAAACUGCUAGCUCCAGGAUCAGAACGGCUCGAUGAUGAUCGGGUGAAAUUAUUGCAGAAAUGGAGGCUCAGAUUCUUGCACCUACUGAUAUCAUUUGCUGAUGGUUUUCUUGCGACAGAGGGAGAUAAGGAAUGGAUUGGAGGCAUAGGAAACCACAAGGAUGCUUUUAUAUCCAUCUAUGCUCUUCUACUAGGCCUUUAUGUCCUUUUUCAAUCAUCAGAGGGUUUGAGAGAUCUAGAUGAACUGUAUUUGUCCAAGUUCUCUGAAUUUAACAAGAUUAUGAGACCCUUUAUCCAAAAUCCUCUAAUAUCAAAUAUGUAUCUUACGUUAAUUAGAUUGCUUAAAAGGUUGGGGGUUUCAUUUGGUUUAGAGUUAUUUGAGCCAAAGGAAUAUAGCUCCAGCUGGGAAGAAUUUGAUCCCUAUUUUCUUUUAAGGUGAGGUCAAUUCUUCCAGUUUUUUUUGGCUUGGAAUUUUGUGCCAAUUAAAAAAUGUUUAAUAUUCAUUUAAUGGAAGCUGGUCUUUGCAAAGUCUGCAGGCUUGUUCAUUCAUUGUGGUCACCUUUCAGGCUCCUGUAUAAAUCUAAGCUUAAGUAUUUG